GCCGUUUGCGCGAGCAAGGAGGCUGGAUGAUUACCCGCGAAGCCCUCGCUAUGAGGCCGAUCGGGGUAGAGGCGACUCCCGCGGCCGAUGGGAGACAGAUCAGGGCCGACGAGAUGGAUAUAGGGACGACAGAUACGAGAAAUCGAACCGAGAUGGCUAUAGGGACGACAGAUACGAGAGAUCGGACCGAGACGGAUAUAGGGACGACAGAUACGAGAGAUCGAGUCGAGAUGGCUACAGAGGUGGUCGGUAUGAAAGAGGAGAUCGGGACUGGGAACGACGAGAUGGGUCGCGUGGACGGUUUGAGCGCGGGGGAGAUGCGAGAGAGCAGCGCGACGAGUCGCGCGGGUGGUACAACUGAGGAAACCGACGCGAUGAGUCACGAGGGCGAUAUGACUCGGGGGACCGCCAGAAUGAUUCGCAAGGGUGGUAUGAGCAAGGAGGGUCUGGAGGAGACCGCCGCAACGAUUCGCGCGGUCGAAAUAAGAGAGGGGGAUACGGCGUCUCAUCAGAACCAUAUCCCAAAUGAAAGGCCAUCUACUCCUAGGAACUCAUGCGUCUACUGUAGAGGAGAAGAUCAUAUCAAGAGGGAUUGCGCGGACCUCAAACGGGCAAUAGAUGAGGGACUUGUCGUGCUUGACGACCGCAAGUACGUCAAGUGGGCAGAUGGUCUGGGAGAUGUAUCGAUGUUUCCUUCGAUGAAGGAGAAUGUCGAAGCAAGGAGAGUAACGCCGAGUAAAGAAAAGGAGCCCAUCAGGAGUCAGAGCAUCAAGAUAACCUUUGAGGGGGAUAUGGCGACCACACCCAUAAGGGUGGCAGCCACCAAGUCGGCGAGAGGGUCUACAUCGAAGAAGACUAACACGGAUUACAUGAUGGCGGAGAAGGACGGGCAGCGGGUCGAUGGAGAGGAGGUUAUCCUUUCGCCGCGAAAGCGGGGAGUGAAGAAGUUCCUAAUGAAGAGUUCGCUGGACGAGAUUGACAAGGUCGAGCCACUGAGGCGGGCCCUUCGGCAACCCAUGCAGUGCUCUAUACUGGAGUACCUGGCGGCAUCGAAGCCGGCUCGUGAUGAGUUACAGAUGAUCACGCGGAAGACUCGCAUACCUCUAUCGGAGGAGGGUCAGGGGCCCCCUAAGGCGGAAGCUUCUACAGUAGCAGUAACGGGGGUGACUGCCAGAGCGGAUCGCAUGGCGAAAAUCCUUCUCGAUGGAAUGAAAGGUGUGCCUCCAGACAAGCUUUAUAUACCUGGUAGCGGGGCCGUGGAGACGAUUAUAAACGAUGGAGCGAUACUCGAUUCUGUGAUCGAUAACGGCAGUGAGGCUGUCAUCAUAGACGAGGACCAGGCAGUACAGCUCCGACCUGCUCUUGGGUCGAACGUGGCUGAGCCACGUGCGGUGACGAUAGAGCGACCUGAUGGGAGCCAGACAUUGUCCAUUAGGAAGCCAGACGGGACGCGGGUAAUGAUUGAGACAGUGGAGCCUCAGGACCCGAGGAACAGAGCAGCUCUCGCUGUGGGUGCGAGACCCGGUGAUCAGAUUAAGUCGUUACCUAUCUCCGGCCGCGCGGUGCGAUUUCGCGAGAAGAAAUAUGGACCACUGCUCACAGAGGAAGAAGGUCGGAUCGUGGAGGUGGAAGAUUUAAAGAGUCGGCUAAUAGUGGACGGCAACUCAUACCCAAAGGAAAAAGAUGAGGGCACGGCUCCCUAUGGGUAUGGGGGGCUACCCAAGCGACACAAGCGAGUAGCUCAAAAAGUUAAGCCAACGGCGGUGGGCCGCGAGCGAUCUGCACUGGAAGGGAUAUCGGAAGAAGAGAUCGCGAAAGAAAUCAAAGAAAGAAAGAGAAAGGGGCCGCAACGCCUAACGGAAGAGAGGAUAGCAGGGAUGGACAUCGGAGAUGGGAAUUUGACCCCACAGGAGCGAGAACGUGUGAUAGAAAUCCUGAAAACAUGUGAUAAGGCCAUAGUCCUGAAAGAAAAGAUACUUUCCCACGUUGCGAAGCCGUCUGAUAGCGCUUAUGCUAAUCGAUGGUUCUUCCUACGAAAGCCGAAUGGCAAGAUCCGAUGGAUCCAGGACCUUCADAAGGUCAACGCGGUGACGAUACGAGAUGUGGGCUCCAUGCCACACGCCCAUUUACUGGCAGAAGGCGCCGCAGGUAGGUCGAUUUAUUCGGUCUGUAAUCUGUUCUCAGGUUAUGAUGAGGUACCGCUUGACCCUUGAGACAGACACCUCACGGCUAUGCAUACGCCAUUGGGACUGAUACAGAUGAUGGUUGUCCCUAUGGGUUGGACUAAUGGGGUAGCCGUUUUUCUGAGAGCCAUGGUAGCCGUCCUCAAGGACUUCAUCCCUGAUAAGGUUGAAGUUUUUCUGGAUGACUUUCCUAUAAAAGGACCAGUAAACAAGGAUAAGGCAGAGGUUGCACCUGGAGUUAGAAGAUUCGUCGAGCAGCACCUAACGGAUAUUUGUGCGGUACUCGAGCAGCUGGACAAUGCGAAUCUAACAGUCAGCGGAACAAAGAGCCGAUGGGUCG